AUGCCUAAAAAAAAUAAUAAAAAAAACAUCUGUAUAUUAAGAUGUUCAAGUGGAUUUACUAUAUCAAUUGUUGGAGAUAUAAAGGCAUCGAUCUUAUUAUAUAAGAAUCUUGAAAAAUUAACAAAUCGAAUAAAAGCUGAUCGAGCAACAAUUUUAUUAGAACGAUCUGAUAAAAAAUACAAUUUAUAUACAACAUUUGAACUCAAUCAAGUAAUAUACCAUAAAACUUUCAAUGUUUUAUCAGCUAAAAAUGGAAGUGGGGAAACAAUGAAAUCCUCAGCAACUGACCUUAAUACAAAAAGAGAGAAAGUUAAAACAUACGAACAAAUGGCAAACCCG